AUGGCGAAAGUGUGGCAGCACCCGUUCCUCAACGUCUUUAGACACUUCAAGGUGGGCGAGUGGAAGCGGUCCACUAAAGAAGGCGAUGUGGCUCCUGUCACUGAUAAGACUCUGAAAUGCACUGUGUAUCGUGUCCGGGGUUCUGUUUCUGCUGGCAAUUACAUCCAGCUCCCCAAAACCAGUACCCAGUCUUUGGGGCUGACUGGCCGGUACCUGUACGUGCUCUUCAGGCCCCUGCCAGCCAAGCACUUCGUCAUUCACCUGGAUGUGGCCACUGAGGACAGCCAGGUCAUCCGUGUGUCCUUCUCCAACCUCUUCAAGGAGUUCAAGUCCACGGCCACGUGGCUGCAAUUUCCCUUCAUCUGUGAGGCUGGGUUAUCUGUAAAAGAGCUGGCCAGUGUUGCCCCCUCUGGUGCCCGUUGGACAUGCCUACAGCUUGAUUUGCAUGAUAUUCUCCUGGUGUACCUAAACCGGCGCUACGGUCACCUCAAGAGCGUCAAGCUGUGCGCGAGUCUGCUCGUGAAGAGCCUCUACACCAGCGACCUGUGCUUUGACCCCGCUGUUACUAUGGCUGAGGCCCAGCGGGCAAAGCUGCCUGUCACACCUGUACCUCGAGAAAUGGCAUUCCCAGUGCCAAAGGGGGAGAGCUGGUAUGACCACUAUGUCCACAUCCGGUUUCCAAGUGACAGCUCAAAAGCAUCUCCUGAGCCGGUUCGGAAGAGCUGUUCCCCUCCUGAGGCAGAUUUCCUGGGGCGCAUGCUGCAGGUUCUCCCUCACCCAGUGGCUUUCAGCAAUCCCUUCCAAGACACUCUGCCCUCCAUGGUCCAGAUGUUUGGCCCCACAGCCUCUUGCCAGGCCCCCUCAGUGCCCAGGCCCCUUCCAGAGGUCAGCUUGUUCUGUGAGCGCUCGGAGGUCCCCAGUACGAAUGGCCCCAGUGACCGUAGCCAAGAGCGCUCGACCGGGCCAGAGAUCACUGACAAGCAUGCGGCUGGCAACGGUGUUCACGUGUCCGCUCCUAAGCCGACCAUGGUGCCCGUGGCGCUGGAGGAUGUGGCCGUGCACGAGCUUUCUGACAGAAAGCAGAAUGGGCAGGAGAUGGCUCUGGACAAGAAUCUCUUCCAGCCAAGGAGCUUUCUCCCGGAUCCGAUCCUGAGGCUCAAGGGAGUCAUUGGCUUUGGGGGCCACAGUACCAAAUGGGCCCUGUGGACUAAGGACGGGGCUGCUGUGGUGUAUCCCUGCCAUGCGGUCAUCGUCGUCCUGCACAUUGACACCCGCGAGCAGCGCUUCUUUCUCGGCCACACGGACAAGGUUUCUGCCCUGGCGCUGGAUGGGAGCAGCUUGCUGCUGGCCUCGGCCCAGGCCCGGCCCCCAAGCAUGCUGCGCCUCUGGGACUUCCACACCGGGGAGUGCCUGUCCCUGUUCCGGAGCCCGGCCCACGUCCUCUGUUCCCUUAGCUUUUCCAACAGUGGGGCGCUGCUCUGCGGCGUCGGCAAGGACUGCCACGGGAGGACGAUGGUGGUGGCCUGGGGCACGGCCCAGGUGGGACGAGGCGGUGCGGCAGCCCUUCUCGCAAAGGUGCACACCAGGGUUGACAUCCAGGCAUUUGAGGUGGCCCUUUUUGACGAAACCAGGAUGGCGUCGUGCGGGCAGGGCAGCGUGCAGCUGUGGCGGCUGCGAGGGGGCCAGCUGCGCUCCUGCCCUGUGGACUUGGGGGAGCACCGCGUGCUGGAGUUGACCGACCUGGCCUUCGGCCGGGCCCAGGAUGGCCAUAUGCUCUACGUGUGCGGCCGCAGUGGCCACAUCUUGGAGAUCGACCACCAGCGCAUGGCUGUGCGGCACGCUCGCCGCCUCCUGCCCACGCGGAGCCCUGGCGGCCCUCUUUCACAGAAGCAGACCUUUAGCUCGGGCCCCGGCAUUUGCAUCAGCAGCCUCAGCGUGUCCCAGGCCCUAUGUGCCAUGGGCUCUGAGGAUGGCUACCUGCGCCUCUGGCCCCUGGACUUCUCCUCUGUGCUUCUGGAGGCAGAGCACGAGGGCCCAGUCACUUCGGUGUGCAUCAGCCCUGAUGGUCAACGUGUGCUGUCUACCACAUCCUCCGGCCACCUGGGCUUCCUGGAUAUCCCAUCCCGGGAGUACAGCAUGCUGGUUCGCUCCCACACCGCUCCGGUGCUGGCCCUGGCCACCGAGGGCAGCCGAGGGCAGCUGGCCACGGUGUCCCAGGACCACACUGUCCGCGUCUGGGACCUGGCGACCUUGCAGCAGCUUUAUGACUUGAGGUCCCCUGAGGAGGCCCCGUGUACCAUCGCCUUCCACCCCAUGCGGCCAGCCUUAUUCUGCGGCUUCAGCAGUGGGGCCGUCCGUUCCUUCAGCCUGGAGGCUGCUGAGGUUCUGGUGGAGCACAGGUGUCACCGAGGACCAGUCACCGGCCUGGCCGCCAGCCCCGACGGCAGCCUCCUGUUCAGCUCUUGCUCCUGGGGCACCUUGGCCCAGUACCACUGCGCCAGCACCCCUUGCCGCGUCCUGCGUGUGGCAGCUAACAUGGUGUGCCGGGACGCCCACCCAACCCCCAAUGCCCUGGUGGUUAGCGGGGAUAGCCGUCUGCUGGCCUUCGUGGGCCCCUCCAGGCAUGUGGUGACUGUCAUGAACGCGGCCUCCCUAGAAGAGCUGCUGCAAAUUGAUGUCGGUGCCCUGGACCUGGCCAGUAGCCGCCUGGACUCGGCUGUGGCCGUCUGCUUUGGCCCCGGACCCCCUGGCUACCUGCUGGUGUCCACGUCCUCUAACACGGUCACGGUGCUGGAUACCACGUCGGGCCGCGUGGUCCGGGAGCUGCCAGGUGUCCACCCUGUGGCCUGCCCCUCUCUGGCUCUCAGCUGGGAUGCCCGCUUCUUGCUGACGGCCACUGACCGGGCCAUCAAGGUGUGGGACUACCCAACGAAGCCCUGCCCCGGCUGCCAGGUGUAUAUUGGCCACUCAGAGCCCGUACACGCUGUGGCCUUCACCCCUGACCAGCAGCAGCUCCUCAGCGUGGGGGAUGCCAUCUUCCUCUGGGACAUUCUGGGUCCCCUGGAGAGGUCUCCCCCAGGAAGUGCCGGAGACUCACCCGGGGCACCCCCGACCUGCGAGACUAGCCUGGAUGCAAAGCAGCUGGAGGACACGGUGUCUGGGGCCAAUGGGCUCCCCCGGCAGCAGGUGCCUGAGCCAUCCCCGGCAUCCCCACUCCAGCUGGGCAUCUGUGCUGGACCCCUCAAGGGUGAUGGUGGUGCCUUCUCCUUGUCAGAUGAAGAAGGAUCCUCUGAUGAGAGCCAUAGCCCUGAGGGGCUCCAUCAGGCCUCAAGCCUGCCCAUGCUGGUGAAGGAGGCCAGUGCUCGGAGCAUUGGAAGAGCUCAGGUGCAUCCCUCUGCUCGCCCUGACUGCUAUAGGCACUUCCUGGCACGCCAUAAGACCUCCCCGCUGGUCAGGAGCGCCUCUGUCUCCGACGCCAGCGUUGAGUGUCUGCUCCUGAAGGCCGUCGUGGGCUACAACGGGAACGGGCGGGCCAAUGUGGUCUGGAAGCCAGAUACAGGCUUCUUUGCCUACACGUGUGGCUGCCUGGUGGUGGUGGAGGACCUGCAUUCUGGCGCCCAGCAGCACUGGCUCGGCCACCCUGAGGAGAUCUCCACCCUGGCCCUUAGCCACGAUGCUCAGGUCCUGGCCUCUGCCUCGGGCUGCAGCGGCACCACCUCUCGCUGCCACAUCCGCAUCUGGAAUGUGCCGGGGGGCUCCUGCCGGCACCUCAUUUCUUACCACACUACCGCGGUGCAAGCCCUGGCAUUUUCGCCAGAUGACAAGCUCCUUGUCACACUGGGGGACUAUAGGGACUGCACUCUGGCCCUGUGGAGCAUGGCCACCCAUGAGCUCCUGUCCUCCACCCGCCUCCCCGCGCCAGUGCACGGCGUGGCCUUCAACCCCCGGGAUGCUGGCGAGCUGGCCUGCGUGGGCCAAGGUGCCGUUACCCUGUGGCUCCUGCAGCAGCGUGGGACCAGCCUCCACCUCCAGGUGCGGCGAGAGCCCAUCCCUGAGGAGGUGGGCGCCGGCGAGCUCACCUCGCUCUGCUUCGGGGCCGCACCUCUGCUGUACUGCGGCUCCAACACCGGCCGGGUCUGCGUCUGGGACGCCAGUGCCGGCCGCUGCUUCCUGGCCUGGGACGCGGACGACGGCGAGAUUGGAGUGCUGCUGUGCUCGGGGGCGCGGCUGCUGAGUGGCAGCAACACCAGGCGACUGCGCCUGUGGGCGGUGGGGGCCGUGCCGGAGCUGAGAUGCAAGGGCUCGUGCGCCAGGUCCAGCUCUGUGUUGAUGGAGCGCGAGCUGACCUUGGACGGGGCUGUUGUGAGUGCGGUCUUCCACGACAGCAUGGACAUGGGCGUGGUGGGCACCACAGCAGGCACGCUCUGGUACAUCAGCUGGGCCGAGGGCACCAGCACCCGCCUCAUCAGUGGCCACAGGAGCAAGGUGAACGAGGUGGUGUUCAGCCCCAGUGCAUCCCACUGGGCCACGUGCAGUGAUGACGGGAGUGUGAGAGUGUGGUCCCUGGCCAGUAUGGAGCUCCUGAUCCAGUUCCAAGUGCUUAACCAGAGCUGCCUCUGUCUGGCUUGGAGCCCCCCGUCCUGCGGAUCCCCAGAGCAGCAGCAGGUGGUGGCCGGCUACAGUGACGGCACGCUGCGUGUCUUCAGCAUUGCCCGAAUUGCAAUGCAGCUCAAGAUGCACCCCCACCAGGCUGCGCUGAUGGCUGUGGCCUACUCUGCUGAUGGUCAGAUCAUCCUCUCCGGAGACAAGGAUGGGCUUGUGGCUGUGAGCCGCCCCCGCACGGGGAUGACCUUCCGUAUACUGAGUGAUCACCGGGGUGCUCUCAUCUCCACCAUCCAGAGCACGAACAAAGAGUAUGGAGACUUUGGGGCACAGGGUGCCGACCUGUGGCUAGCUGCCAGCUCAGACCAGCGCAUCAGCAUCUGGGCUGCCGACUGGCCUCGGGGCCACUGUGAGCUUGUGGACUGGCUGAGCUCCCCAUCGCCCACCCUCACGGAGGUUGCCAGCCACCCCCUGCCCUGUCUUGUUGCCUUCUGCCCCUGGGAUGGGGCACUGCUGGUAUGUGCGGGCCUUGGCGUGCAUCCAGAGGUGGCCUUCUACAACCUUCACCAGAAGCAGGUGGUGGAGAGGAUCCCACUGCCGUUCUAUGCCGUGUCGCUGAGCCUGUCCCCCGGAGCCCACCUCGUGGCCAUUGGCUUUGCUGAGCAUGUGCUGAGGCUGGUGGACUGUGAGUCUGGGGCCGUGCGGGACUUCGCCGGCCAUGAUGACGUGGUGCAGCUCUGCAGGUUUGCCCCAUCUGCCCGGCUGCUCUUCUCAGUGGCCCACAGUGACAUCCUGGUGUGGGAAGUGACAGGCCACUGGGCCUCCGGGGGGGCCUCGAGCUCAGGGCCCCCGCUUGGCUGAGAAGCUGGGUCUCGCCACACCAGACGGGCCUGGGACUGCCAAUCAUCAAGACCUGAACUUAAGGAAAGUGCUUGUGGGCUCUUUACCUGCGGGCUUGUUUCGAGGUUUCUACCUUGUAGAGUUCAAAUAAACGUGCGUGUUGCAUUCUGGCAUCGUCAGCUGGUCACUCCGGGCGCCUGCUGUCCUGGCCUGAGCGCAGCCUCCGCCAAAUCCCCAGCCCGCCCACUCCCUGCGAAGGACCCUGCUCGGCCCGGGGCGGGGCAGGGUCUGC